AUGGAAUACGCCGAAACAGCAUGGUCGGCGGUCGAGGAGGCCUGGUUGGACCUGGACCAGUACAUUAACCUCCGCGACCUGCAAUCGCUGUCGUCGGGGUCUCUACAGUGGGAAAACAUUCUGCUGGUUUCCACCACAAUCAGUGUCACCGUGACGCUGAUUCUGGCGACCCAGCGGUGGUUUUUCGGCUACAAGAACGCCGCCGAGAAGCCUGCGGUGAUCCACGUUCGAACCCCAGACCAGGCCUUGCCCCACUGGAAGGGCAUUCGUAUGGACCCUCCUACUCUUCGAUCCCAGGAGGAGCCCGACAUGAUCCAGUGCUACUGUCCUGCGACCGGCCAGUUUCUGGGAGCCACACCGGCCUCGACGCUGCUGGACAUUGAUGCAGCGAUUGAAUGUGCUGCAGCUGCCCAGUGCCAGUGGAACCCGUCGUUCAGCGCCCGAAACAAGGUGCUCAAAACCAUUCGAAAGUUCUUGCUUGAAAACCAGGAGGUCGUGGCUCGAGUGGCUUGUCGAGACACCGGAAAGACCAUGAUCGACGCAUCCAUGGGCGAGAUCAUGGUGACGUUGGAGAAGAUCAACUGGCUCAUCAAGAACGGAGAACGAGCCCUUCAGCCCAGCUCACGACCGGGUUCCUCCAACCCUCUCAUGUUCUACAAGGCCGCCAAGGUGGUCUAUGAGCCUUUGGGCGUCGUGGCUGCCCUUGUGUCGUGGAACUACCCUCUCCAUAACCUCAUGGGGCCGAUUCUGGCGUCUCUGUACGCUGGAAACGCCGUCAUCAUUAAAUGCUCCGAGUCCGUCGUCUGGUCGUCGCAGUACUUUGUUCAGAUUGCUCGUGAGGCGCUCCAGGCCUGUGGCCACUCGCCCGAUCUCGUACAGCUCGUGUGCUGCUGGCCCGAGACUGCUAACCACCUCACCAGCCACCCCCAGAUCUCGCACGUGACUUUCAUUGGCAGCAAACCCGUGGCCCACAAGGUGGCAGCUGCCGCUGCCGAGUCGCUUGUUCCUCUUGUCGUUGAGCUUGGAGGCAAGGACCCAUGUGUCGUCUUUGACGAUGAUGGACUGGAUCUCAAGACCAUCGCUCAUACCAUUUUGAGAGGCACUUUCCAGGCGGCCGGCCAGAACUGUAUUGGUUUCGAGCGUGUCAUCGCCCAGCCUAGCGCUUACAAAACUUUGCUCGACAUCUUCCGAGAAACCAUCCCCAAGCUGCGUGUUGGAGCUGGAAUCGACCAGCAGGACGACGUGGAUGUCGGAGCGUGUAUUUCCAACAUGCAUUUUGAUCGUCUGGAGGAGCUCAUUGCCGACGCGGUUGCCCAAGGAGCCGAGCUCGUUGCUGGAGGACACAGAUACCCCCACCCCAAGUACCCCCAGGGUCAUUAUUUCCAACCCACUCUGCUCGUUGGGGUCACUGCCGACAUGGAGAUUGCUCAGACAGAGGUGUUUGGCCCCGUGCUGACCAUGAUGCAGGCCGAGACGGUCGACCAAGCCAUCGAUCUGGCCAACUCUACGAUAUACGGUCUUGGAGCCGCGGUGUUUGGAGCCAACACUGUGACGCUGCGAAAGGCUAUCAACGACAUCAAGUCCGGAAACAUUGCCGUCAACGAUCUGGCAGCCUUCUACGUGUGCCAGCUGCCGUUUGGAGGCUGCAAGGGCUCUGGCUACGGCAAGUUUGGAGGAGAGGAGGGUCUGCAGGGUCUGUGUCUGGCCAAAUCUGUGGCGUUUGACUCUGUGCCCUUCUGCAAGACCACUCUGCCCCGGCCACUGCAAUAUCCAAUUCCCAGCGCCGUCAAGGGAUGGGAGUUUGUCAAGAACGUGAAUAUUGCUGGCUAUGGUGUGGGCCUGUGGAAACGGUUUAAGAGCCUGGUCAGCUUGGGUAAGAGUGCCUAG